CACCUGGCCAGCAUUCGCGCUUUCACUUCGUCCGCAGGAAAGUCGGAGAAGGGUUAAAUAUUCUAAAUAUAAUUAUCGCCGACAAUUUUCGAGUCGAUCGAAGUUUGUACCAUCUAUUGAACAGGAUCAAGAAGACGCGUUGCAUGUCGUUAUUAAUAGAAAGUGCGUUAAAGGAGCGAGAAACUUCCAGAGCUUCGCGCGUCACCGUCAGCGUCUCAUGCUCGGGAUGACAAUUCUUUCGCGCGUUAUUAAAUUGGCGCGGUAUCCCUUGCGAGCCGGAGGAUUCGCCGGGAUCGCAGGAUAAAUCGGAGACCCGGUUCUCGCGGGGGAGGAGUAAUGGGGCUACCCUCUUUCAAAUGCCGUGGGAAAGGGUAGCGUGGAACACGGGCGAUUCUCCCCGGCUCCUUCGUCCGAUCAAAUGAAGGAAGGCGCUGGAGAAGAUCGAAAGGGAACGCGUUAAGGAAGGGACGUCUCCCUCGUCGAAAGGAAACGCGAGCUUUCCCCAGUAAUUUGCCGUCCGUCUCGCGUGAGUGACUCGAUUACACGUGGGGGCGGUAUGGUGUAAUAUUAAUCACGGAACGGAACUAAUUCUACGAGAGCGAGAAAUUAAUACGACUGCUUGUGAGUAAAGAGUGGGAAUAAAGUAACGCAAAUUAAAAAGAAACGAGACAAAUGUAAAAUAAUUCGCGGGAACGCAUUGAAAUUACAGUGUGCGAGAAUUCCUGAAAAUUGUGCGAGGUGCGUUCGUUGAAAGUUCUCGCGGAGGAAGUCCUCGUGUUAGUCUGUUUUUCGAAGGAAGAGGUGACAUGAUCGACGCGCGAUUUCGCGACUAAUGCAAUUUUCUGCAGCAGACGGCGGCUGGAUAGAAAGUACCGCAGCGACGUACGGACGGAUCAGGGUGAAGCGGGAAGGGAGAAAAGCGAGCAGCUUCGGCUUGCAUCGUUAGGGGAAGAGAUCGAGCUUAUUUGCUUGCCGCUGCCGAGACAGCGCGCGAUGUUACGCGGCGGUAUAUUAACGGCUCUUCGUGAUCGCUCAAGUCGUUUACGAAGCCGCGAAUGACCUCUUUCGUAAAUUUCGCCAAGAGACAGGCGGUUGCUUUUCAAGAUAAAUCUCUUCCACGGAAUCCACGCUCUAGGAGCUUGCCAACAUUCUUCCGUCUGUCCGUCUAUUUAUACCUGCACUGAAAUAAAAUUCAUAGAUCUGCGGAAAACAGCGGAUGGGACAAAAAGAGGACAAAAUGACACCAGUCGCCGAUACGUUCGACGAGUUUAUGUGGUGCGAGCACCGUGCACACGAAUGUUGAGUGACGUGUCUCGUAAACACCUGAGACUCUUCAGUUCCCGUAGAUCGCACGCACAUCGCAGAGUCGAUUAUCGGACAUUGUCCAACCUGCUGUAAACGUGUCCCUCGUAGAACGUUGAAUCGCAAAGUAUUUCUCCGAAGGGGCAAUUUAAAAGCAGUCGGAAGAACAAUGCGUUCCUCGAUUACUUGCACUACGAGAAUGUCGGACGACAAUUCCUCCCCAUGAGCCCCUGUGGAAUCGCCUGGGCGAUUGAGGGAGGAGCGAUCGCGGAAAACAGUCGUGCACGAUAACGGGCAAGAUACCAAAAAGCACCUGCGCUUAAGUAUUUUUCUCGCACUUGGAAACAGCCGCAAAAUCAGCCGCAAGCAUGUCGAACUCGCCACGAAUUCGAAAGAUGCCGCCCAGGCCAAAGAUUUUGCUUCCGGUUCCCGGGCAGUACUAUCCGCAGGCGGGGACCGGUAUGGGCUACGUGCCGACGCCGUACGGGCAAACGCCGGUACCGAUGACGCCGGUACCCAUGACGCCGGUUUCCGGCCAGCCGCAGGUGUUCUACGCCAACCGAGCCAGCGAGUUCGUCUUCACGCAAUUCAAGGGGAUCAAGGAUCUGACCAAGUCCGGUCUCAGCGUGGGCGAGAAGAGCGCCUAUUGGCUUUACGAGAAGAAACGAGACGCUCAAUACGAUUCGCGAACUUUGCGACGACUCGGUACUGGCGUCAGACGUGUCCCGUUGGAGAGGAGCAGCGGUGAACGAGCUGACGCGGUACGAGCAAGAUCUGUACGAUUAUUUCGGCCGGGGACUGAUGGACAAAGGCGAGCGAGUGUGGUCAUUUUGGAACGCCGUGUUUUACUGUGGCACCAUUUACACGACCAUAGUGAUUGUACUCGCGUGCGGCAUCGGGCCAAUAUUAGUUUUCAAUCGAACGGAGAAUUUAUUUUCACUUUUUUAAAAAUACACUCAACACGUGAGAAUGAUUAUUUUCCUUGGGAAAAGAGGCAGGCGGGAAAAUAAAAACGACGGAGUGAUGCUAUUUGCGUGAUGUACCUGGAAAUAGAGCGAUUCCGUGCGGAAUAUUCCCCGUGCACGCGAAGUGCAGGAGAGCCGAGUGUCUUAAGCGGCUCCGUUAUUAUGACAAAUCGUGCUUUGAUGUGACUGACAAAAUAUUUUACGAGCAUUUGUAUCUCAACUCGCGCCGCUCUCAUAGAGCUCGCGGAGGUUAUUUUUAUUUGUGACCGCUUGGUGAGAUCCAGUUUAUUUAUCUUGUAUAGCUUUCUUCCCGAGCGAAAGAUCGAAAGCCCGCGGAGAGAUGAACGCAGUGGGAGAUAUACGCGUAUUGCGUUGGAACAUACAUUGUGUGUAUAUCAAUAUGCCGCGUGCGCGACGCGACUGAUUUCAAACUCAGUUCUCGCAUAUAGGUUUAUAUUAGUUGUACGGAUUUCUGGUAUACAGGAUGCAUGUGGUCUGAAUGCACAUCUGGUAGAUGCAAAUGAUGCGGAUUUAUUCCUCGUACAGGGGUAUAAUGUCGUUAUUGAAGAAAAUCGCAUUAAUAGAAAGCUCUUCUCCUUGCGCAGCACGCUGUUAAAUUUGUAGUGUUACACUGAUAGGAAAAAUUAUUAGAAUAACCAUUAUCUCGCUAUAUUUUAUUGUGAAUUUCGGCGCUCCAAACAUAUUUUUAUCGUUUUAUUAAACAUGCAAAAUAUAGCAGAGCGAACACAAAUUUAUAGUCAUUAUCACUAUGACGUAAAUUAGCACAACUAUAUUUGUGAAAUAUAGUUGAAAAUAGUUGAUAGUGAAAUAAAGUGAAAAUAGUUAUGGUAAACUGAAAAUAGAUUUUCGCGUAGUUAACCGUACUAUAAAAUUAAGUUACCCGAAAAACAAUGAAAAGUACGAUAAAACAUACGAAAUAGUAAUAAACUGUACAACGGUAUG